AAAAAAGAAGAAGAAGAAGAAUCAAUUAAGCUAAAUUGUAAUUCAUGCAAAGAAGAAAAAACAUAAGAACAACUUCUAUUUUUUACCAUAAAUUACGAAAAACAAUAUUAUUGUUUUGAAUGUAAACAGAAAUUAGAAUAAGGAACUAAAGAAAUAGAAUAAUUAGAAAAAUAAAUAAACGAAAUCCAAAUAAACUUAACAGAAAUAAAUUCUAAAAUAAGCCACGUAACUCAUGAAAUUAACCUCAUAAAAACAUCCGAAUAAAAAAACGAAACCGAAAUAGAGCAAGAAUACAAAUAAUUGGAAUAAGAAGAGGAAGAAUUAAACUAAAAAAUUUUCGAAUUAAAGGAAAAAAUACUCACCUAUGAAUAAUAAGAAAAUGAAUACUGGGACGAAGUAAAUAUAUUUGAGAAAAAUCUCUAUUAAGUAUUAGAAAAAAAAUAAAUAGCUGAAAACCAAGAAAAACAUUAUAAUGAGCAAUUAAUAAAAUUAAAUACUUAUAAUACACUAAAUUAAGUUUUUAAUAUAUAAUGUGAUGAAUAAGCAGGAACAAUAAAUAAUAUAAUAAUAGGAAAAAAAUUAAACUAAGAAAUCGUAUGGGAUGAAACAAAUGCCGGUUUGGGAUAAAUAGCAAUGCUUUUUUCUUAUUUGGUAAAAAAAUAUGGAUAUGAGAUGAAAUUUAUUAAAGACAUUAACUUAUGUGCAAAUGAAAGUUAGAUUUGUGAAAUUGAGAAAAAUUAAAUUCUUUAACUAUAUGGACCAUUGAAUUAUUAAAGCGAAUAUAGUAGAUUUGAUUAAGCCAUUAAAUUAUUAUUGAAAGAAUUUUAUUGUUUUUAUGAAUUUUUGAUAAAUUAAGUUAAAAUAGGAGAUUAUGUAGAAGAAGUUAAACUUCCUUAUAAUAUUGAUAUUUAAAAAUGUGAAAUUGAUUAUGUUGAAAUAUCUAUUAUGAAAAAUAUUGAUUUAUGGACUUCUGGAAUGAAAAAGUUCUUGAUUAAUUUUAAAUAUAUAAUUUAUAUUAAUGAACUUUACUAUUCUAAAAAAGAAAUAGAAUAUUUAGAAUAGGAGAAUUGA